CCAAUCUCAAUUUGUGUCUUGUGCUUGUGCCUUAUUAGUAGUCCUUGAAAUAAUAAAUUUUGUGAUCAUACCCUAAAAAAAUGUAUAGAUCAAUGGACUACCACACUCACAUUACCAAUGUCCGAAGGAGCCCAAGCAUCCUAAGUGAUGUUCCUCGAUACCCUAAUGCACACCUUGCCUUCAAGAAAACCGUCUCCGAGGAAGACGACGUGGUGGAAGGAUCCUACGGCCGCCGCCACCACCACGACGACUUCCCCGAGACUCAUGAGAGGGUUGAUGUGAUAGAGAAAGUUGAUGAUCAAUGCUACCCUGCUCCAAAGAGGGGAUUUGAGUUGCAAAAGUGGAAGACCUUCAGGCCUUAAGCUUGUUAAUUAACUUGUAAUUAUCAUCAUAAUCUCAUGCUGUUAUUUUGCUAAGACAGUAGUGUGUGCUCGUACUAAAUAAAUUGCUGCUUAGCUAUACUUAUAUCAUGUUAUCAUCAACUUAUCACGAAUCAAUUAUUAAUAAAAUUUAACCGACUUGAUUGAGUAGUUAA